AUGGCAACCAACGCAGAGAGCGCCAAGGCGACGCGCGAUCUCCUCGGGAGGGCGCAUUCGCCCCGAUCCGUGGAGAGAAUCUACACAGAGAAGAUCCAGCAUCGAAAACUGCACUUGCGCGCGACAUCUCCACCGCCCUCGGAGCUCAACACCCGCGCUGCGCGACGCAGAAAGAGGCAGGCAGAGAAGGACAAGAAGAAGCAAAAGCCGGCACCACUCUCAGCACGCGAGAAGAGGCGCUUGGGUCUGCACGACAUUCCUCGCGAGGGUCAAAAGUACGACAUCUACGAGCCACUCAACAAGCUAUGGCAAGGCUACAUCAACGAGGUGCUCGGCAGCGACGUAUACACCGGCGGACCCAACACGGCGGCGAAGCUCGCGAGCGCCGAGUUUCACGGGGCAAUUGUCAAGGUUGUUCGCAGCCGAUGUCCUGGGCGCGUCGGCAUCAAGGGAGUUGUGGUGAGGGACCGCAAGCAUGUCCUGGAGGUAGUGACGAGGAAGCAGGGCGUGAAGAUGGUGCCCAAGGAGGGGACGACCUUCCGCGUGGAAGUACAAGUCCCCGGCAAAUCAGCCAAAGGCACUUCAGCCGAGCCGGCGACAGAGUUGCCAGAAACCACUAGCGACGACAAGAAGCCGACCCAAGGAAACGUCUUUGUCUUUGACUUGCUUGGGGAUCAGCUCAUGGUCAGGUCAGCGGACCGUGCGACGCGCAAGUUCAAGGCGCAUUUUCUGAAGGAGCUUUGA